AUGUAUCUGCUGGUCCUCGUUCAGAUCUUUCAGUCCUCUCUGCUGGUGGUCCGCUCCUGUCCAGCUUUGUGUGCCUGCACCAGUGGGAACAGCGGACUAGCAGAGCUCAGGUUGGUGCAGUGCAGUGAUCCUGGAAUCUCAGUCGUUCCCAUUAAUGUCCCAGCUGACACAGUCAAACUGCGUCUCGAGAAGACCUUGCUCUCCAGGGUGCCUCGUGCAGCCUUCUACAACCUCUCAGAGCUGCGUUUUUUGUGGCUCACCUACAAUUCCAUCAUAUCCAUCCACCCCAGCAGCUUUGUUAACCUGAAGGCCCUGCGAGAGUUGCGUCUAGAUGGGAACCUCCUGACAUCCUUUCCCUGGGAAGGGCUCAGGGACAUGCCCCGCCUCCAGACUCUGAGUCUUAACAACAAUCGUCUGUCUAGUCUCCCUGCCCACGCUUCUCUGUUUCUCCCCAACAUCACCUACCUUGACCUGUCUAGCAACAGGCUGACUAUAUUACCUGCUGAGCUGCUGGACCUAUGGUUUCCUCUCCCAGGACAACAGGGAGGACCAGUUCAAAGGAGAAUUUUGGGUUUGCAUGACAACCCCUGGUUGUGUGACUGCCAGAUCUCCAUGGUGAUGUCAUUGUCCAUGUCACUGGGAAGUCCUGUAGUUCUCAUGGACCAGCUGCUGAUAUGCAGCAGGUCUCUAGGUCAGUCAGGGAUCCUAUUGACCCAGGUUGAGCUGUCCCGCUGUAUGAGGCCUUCAGUCCAGCCUGCAGCCACCAGAGUCAUCUCUCCAUUGGGCAGCAAUGUAAUCCUCCGCUGUGAUGCCACUGGCUAUCCCACCCCAACCCUUACCUGGAUCAAAACCUCAACAUACGCUGAUUGUUGCAAGAAAGACAUCCUGGAGAACUCUGACCAGCUACCCAGGAAUUUGGAGAGUUGUAAGUGGUACUAUGUUUUUUCCAAACACAAAUCUGAUACUCCUGUCACAGCAGAGGUGAAAUAUUUUAUUUCAUGUCUAUGGGAUUUAAUUAUAUUACUCAGCCUUAUGGCUUUAACUACUAACUGGAUGGAACAUGCAGAGAGCUUAAACUGUGUACCAUUUUAUGUUUCAGUUAUGCAGGAAUCUCCUCGGGUGGGGGUUCGCUGGUCGAUAAUCAGCCUGAACGGGUUAUCAUACAAAGAUGCUGGUGAAUAUCGCUGCCAGGCACGGAAUAUGGCAGGAAUAGCUGAAGCCCCAAUUAAACUGAAGGUUGUGGGAGUAACAAGAUUAUCCCGUCUUCCAAAGAAGAAGUCCCAAAAGACUUCGCCCAAAUCAUCAUCAAAAUACAGGAAAUCAAACCAGACUAUGACUACUGCCAACACUCCUUCAGUGAAGGAGAAUCAGAUAAGCAUCACACCACCUUACAUCAGCAAGACCCAGACCACCCCUGAUCUGGUGUUCAAAAUGUUCCCUGUAGACAAAAGGAGCAAAUUGAACUUGCCAGAUGCAAAGAGAAAGACUCAAGCAUCCAUCAAGUCUACUCGUGAGCCCCCUGAAAAAUCUCUGUUGUCAGAAACACUUGUAUGAGAAACACUGAAGUUGGUCAGGGUCAGUUACUUGGUCUAUUUCAACAAGGGGAUGGAACUGCAUAUAAAACCUCAUUGUUUGUGAACUUCUAGUUAUAGUGUUCCAGCCUUUUUAUGGGCCUUUCUGCACUGCAAAAUACAAUUUGUUCAUGAGCUGUCCUGU